CAUCUACUCUGCCUAGUAUCGGACUAGUCAAAGGAGCAGCUAUAAACCCCCGAGCGACUUGUCCUCGGUAUUGGUCGUUUCCUUAGUUCUAGUUCAUGUGGAUAACCCGUUCUCAGGGCGAAGAGACGAUCGAAGAUGUGCGGUGGUGGCGGGAUCCGAUUGUGUGAAUCCGAUUCCGAUUCCGAUCCGUAAAGUGCUUCUCCUUUCCAGCCUAGUUCGGCCGGGGAGAUGCCCUGCUUCUUCCCUUGCUUCGAUUGGAACGACGAGGCGGUGGAAUUCGUCGGCGGGAGCCGGCAACAGGAUGAGACGAGGGAGGAGAAGCCAAUGAUGCCCCCGAGCGUCGAUAGAUUGCCUGCGGGGAAUGGAGGCUUGAAUUCUAGAAACAGUUUUGAUACAAAGAGAGAACUAGUGAAUGGUUUUAAAAGGGAACAGGUGAAUGUUUCGGAAAAGAGACAAUUGGGUGGUUUGAAGUUGGAGGCAUUGAAUCAAAACAAGAGUUCUGGAAGUGAUUUUUCUGCAAGGACCUUCACCUUUCGGCAACUUGCAGCUGCAACAAAAAACUUUAGACAGGAAUGUUUUCUAGGAGAAGGGGGAUUUGGCAGUGUGCACAAGGGACGUCUGGAGACAGGAGAGAUUGUGGCUGUGAAGCAGCUGGAUCGAAAUGGACUACAAGGGAAUAAAGAAUUUCUGGUGGAGGUCCUCAUGCUCAGUUUAUUGCAUCAUCCAAAUCUUGUAAAUAUGAUUGGUUACUGUGCCGAUGGAGAUCAAAGGCUUCUUGUGUAUGAGUACCUGCCCUUGGGAUCAUUGGAAAAUCAUCUACAUGAUCUUCCUCCUGACAAGGAGCCUCUUGACUGGAAUACGAGGAUGAAAAUUGCAGCUGGUGCAGCCAAUGGAUUGGAUUAUCUCCACAAUGUGGCUAGUCCACCUGUGAUUUAUAGGGAUUUGAAAUCAGCUAACAUAUUAUUGGAUGCAGAUUUCCAGCCAAAGUUAUCUGAUUUUGGUCUUGCAAAGCUUGGCCCAACGGAUGAUAAGUCCCAUGUCUCCACUAGGGUCAUGGGAACCUAUGGAUAUUGCGCCCCAGAAUAUGCUAUGACUGGGCAGUUAACGGUUAAAUCCGAUGUGUUUAGCUUUGGGGUUGUACUAUUGGAGCUGAUAACUGGACGACGAGCCUUUGAUAGCACAAGAGCUCAUGGAGAACAAAAUCUUAUAUUAUGGGUCAAGCCCUUGUUCAAUGACCGGAGGCGGAUCUCUAAGCUUGCCGACCCAACGCUACAGGGACGGUAUCCUAUGCGAGGGCUCUACCAAGCUCUUGCUGUGGCAUCGAUGUGUAUUCAAGAGCAUCCUGCCGCCCGCCCUUCAGUCACAGACAUUGUGACUGCACUCUCCUACCUUGCAUCCCAUCCAUAUGACCCUAGUCUUCAAGGAGGUGAAGUUGAAAAUGGUAGAAGACAGGAAGCAGAGAGGAUCAAAACAUACCUGGAUGAUCAGAAAGUGCCUCCCAAUGAGAGAGAUGACUCCCCGAAGGAUAAAGGUACUUUCCUUAACCAAAAUUUUGACAGGGAGAGAGCAGUAGCAGAGGCUAAGAUGUGGGGAGCAAAUUGGAGGGAGAAGAGACUGGCUACCGUUGAUCCUGGUCUCACAAAUUCAAAUAGCUAAGGUUCUGCUCCCUUUAUUCUGUUCUGUUUUUGCCUAGCAAGUGGAUUAAGUUUAGUUUAUAAUGUCAGAGGGAAGAACUAUGGUGGGGUGUUCUAGAAUUUAAAUUGUGUAAAUGUUUUAAUGAUUGUUUGUUGUUAUUAUUUUAUUUUUCUAUUGUAGAGGUUUAAAUCUCUGAUCCGUUUUUAUAAAAAUAAGUUGCUAGGUUCUA